AUGUCUGGACGUAAAUUCUUCGUCGGCGGAAACUGGAAAAUGAAUGGUGACACCAAGUCAAUUGACGGCAUCGUUGACUUCUUGAACGAAGGAGUAAAUGAUGAUAAGGUUGAAGUUGUUGUAGCCCCACCUGCCCCUUAUCUUGCUUAUGUAAAAAGUAAGCUCAACCCCAACGUCCAUGUUGCUGCCCAAAACGCAUACAAGGAACCUAAAGGUGCCUUUACCGGAGAGAUCAGUCCGGCCAUGAUUAAGGAUCUUGGUUUGAAUUACGUUAUUCUUGGGCACUCCGAACGUCGUCAUGUUUUUGGCGAAUCUGAUGCGCUCAUCGCUGACAAGACCGUUCAUGCUUUGGAAAAUGGACUUGUUGUCAUUUUUUGCAUUGGUGAGAAGUUGGAGGAACGUGAGGCCGGAAAGACAAAGGAGGUAAAUCAUUUCUUACGGGUCUUAUUCUUCAGGAGUUCAGUUAUGACCGUUUGUUUAGGUUAAUUUCCGUCAACUGCAAGCUAUUGUUGACAAGAAGGUUGAUUGGAACAAGAUCGUGAUUGCAUAUGAGCCAGUUUGGGCCAUUGGAACGGGUAAAACGGCUACUCCCGAACAGGCCCAAGAGGUUCAUGAUUGGAUCCGUAAUUUCUUGAAGGAGAAGGUCUCCGAAGAUGUCUCCAAAAGCACUAGAAUCAUCUACGGAGGAUCUGUCACAGCGGCUAAUGCUGCAGAGCUUGGUCAGAAGCCCGACAUUGAUGGAUUUCUGGUCGGUGGUGCAUCCUUGAAGCCUGAUUUCAUCAAGAUUGUGAAGGCUCGUGCUUAG